UCCCUCGGGGCGGGGCUGGGCGCGUUGCCCCGGCUGCCGGGCGGCGAGGCUGUGAUUGGCAGGUCAGCGCGCAGGCGCCCUGGCUCUGCUAUGGCCGCCGCCGCCGGGAGGAACGUGGUGUUCGUGACCGGCAACGCCAAGAAGCUAGAGGAGGUCCUUCAGAUCCUCGGGGAUGCGUUUCCGUACAGACUGGUGGCAAAAAAAAUUGACUUGCCAGAAUACCAAGGGGAACCAGACGAGAUCUCCAUUCAGAAAUGCCGGGAAGCAGCAAAUCAGAUUCAGGGACCUGUUAUAGUAGAAGACACUUGUUUGUGUUUCAAUGCCUUGGGGGGCCUCCCAGGACCAUAUAUAAAAUGGUUUCUAGAGAAGUUAAAACCAGAAGGUCUGUACAAGCUGUUAGCGGGGUUUGAAGACAAGUCUGCUUAUGCUCUUUGCACCUUUGCAUUCAGCACUGGAAACCCGGAGGACCCAGUGAAGCUGUUCAAAGGCAAAACUUGUGGUCGCAUUGUUGAGCCCAGAGGCCCCAGAGACUUUGGCUGGGAUCCUUGCUUCCAGCCUGACGGUUACGACCAGACGUAUGCCGAGCUGCCCAAGGCAGUGAAGAACUCCAUCUCUCAUCGCUACAGAGCACUAAAAGAGCUCUCCGGCUAUUUCAGUCAGCAGAACAACCCAGCAGAAGCCACCUCCACUCCCAGUUAGGCAGCCGGUGUCUUGGGGUACGUCCACGCUGCAAUAAAUACCCCCCAGCACCGAGCCUCAGGGCCUGGCUCGAUUGACCCAGGCUCGCGGGGCCUGUGCUGCAGGGCUAAAACUUGCAGUGUACGUCUGGGUACAUGUCUCAGGCUGGAGCCUGGCUCCGAGACCUUCCCACGUUCGCCAGUUUUCAGAGCCCGGGCUCCAGUCCAAGCCUGAACGUUUCCAGAGCAGCCCGAACACCAGGACCCCAAGUCAGCUGACCCAGGCCAGCCGUGAGUCUUUGAGUGCAAUGAAGAUGUACCCUUUGGGACCCCAGACUUUUACAGAGAGUCGUACAUGAGAUGUGGGGUCCAUUGAUGGUUGUCUGUACAGUUUAUGUAGAAUAAAGCUGCCCACUUGAAAACCGG